AUGACCAAAGUCUGCUCCAGAUUCUCCAAGCCCCAUGCUCUUUCCCAGGCUCCUGGUUCAAUGCAGCGCCGCCUGCCCCGCGGCACUGGAGGGACCGCGCCUCUUCAGGCCACGCUGGCCCCUUGCUGCUGGAGGACGUGGUGGUCCCCCAGAUGACUCAGAGGAAUGCUUCCAGGAAGGCCUCACUUCCUGGCCCGGUUGGGCCUGUGGCUCCAUGGACUCAGGAGAGACAAGGCGGUUUCAGGAGGGCCUCCCCAGCUUUCUGCUCCCAAGGAGCCUGGCUGAGCCACGAGAGAGAAGGAAGCCAGGCCUGUGAGCCUGAACCUCUGUCUGCCAGAAAGAGGACUGCACGUUCGUGCCCUGAGAUGUGGAAAGCGGAUGGGGAAACAGGCCCGGAGCCCCUGGGGUACCGGGGCGCAGACAUCAGGCUGCCGGGAAAGGCCCGAGACGGACCCGGGGCUCAGCUUCGCUCUGGAGUCAGACUGUCCACCUGGUUUCCAGCAGCGACUGCUCAGCCUUGGACCCACGGGGACGCAGGGAUGGAAACGUCACUCUCAGAGAGAAGGACCCUUCUGAACAGAUCCCCUGGUGGGAAACCCUUCCGCAGCCAUAGAAGACUCUCGAAUGCCAUUCGUGCUCAUCCCCACUCGGAAAUGAAGGUUGUCCUUGCACCUGCUGGUAGCUGCGGGCUUUGUCAGCUGCCGAAAGGCACACGAGACACGCACAGAAAGGUCACUAGUUUUUACGGGAGACAAGAGAAGGACCUCCUCAUGGCAGCACUGGUGAUGGGUGGCAGUAAUAACAUCUGUAAUUUAACGGGCUCCUGCCAUAAGUCAGCUGUUGCAAAUGAGGAAACCGAGGCACGGGAGCAGUUAGCCUGAAGCAUUUGGAGAAGAAGCUCUUCCCGAAGCUCACGCUGAGACAGUCUGGAAACCACCCUCCUACCACUGGAACCUUCAUCAUCCGAUGGCCUUUUUAAGUCUGUGGGCCAGGAAUUGCUGCACCAGGAUGCUGGACCUUACUACCCAAAGGACGUAAGGUCAAGGUUGUCUUGAGUUCCUCACACUUUUCUGGCAGCUGAUUUCUGAUACCUGAAGUACAAAUUGGACACAAUGACUUAAUUUUAAAUUUUUAACACAUUUAUUAGUCCAACAUACCGUGUCUACAUACAAAGCACUGCAUGGGGACUGAGCAUGCUCAGCACAGACACCAGGUCUCGAACGCUCCCGAGGCUGCUUGUCCGAGGGCUCACCCUCGGAGCUGCUGUGUGGGCCACUUGUCUGCGAACCACUGAGAAGCCGGAGGAGGCCACCAGCCUGGGGAUUCUCAGCCAAGGGUGUCAGCUGACAGAGCCUCCUGUGCCAGUCUCCAGUCUGUCUGCCCACGGGGCCCUCGGCUUUCCCAUAUUGCUGGAGUGUAAGGACCAAGGGAAAGGACUGUUAUAUUCCCAUUCUAACCUCAGCGAGUAGGAAGGGUCGUGGUACACACACGGAUGUUUGCUGAAUGAAUGAAUGAGUGUUCUGCAGGCCCGGAAGGCAAUUCCAAAAGACCAGAUGUCAAGCGAGUUACUUCAAAAUAAUAAUCCACACUUGAAUGUGCGUGUUGUGAUGUGUUGACUUAAAUUUUGUUUUUAAAAAUAAAGAGAGAUUUAGUAAAAAGGCUACUUUUUGGUCAUGAAAACAUACUUAGUUUCUUCAUUUUUCUGAUUUUAGAGCUCCAGUACAAUGUAAUGAUAUGCUA